CAGCUUUGCACAUUCGCGGAAGCAACCUCCGACGCCGCUGCGCUGCCCCCACGACGAGAUUACUGGCUUGAUCGCCCUCCUCACCUGCUUCCAAGGUCUCGUGUACACAUCUCCAUUCAAGCCUCCCUCGGUGUGAUGAGCAGCAGCACGACCGCCGUUGCCACCGCCACGUCGGGCGGGAUCGAGUGCUCCGUCACACACGGCCAAGCGAUGCUGCUCCUGUCUGUAUCACUUCUCUCUCUCUGCGGCUGCCUCUACGUCAUCGUCACCUAUAUGUACGUUCCGGCACUGCGGCAACAUCCCGCCGGCAUCAUGCUUGGCAUGUCCGUGUACGGCGCGGUGUACCAGUUCAUGUAUAUUGUCGAAUCGCACGACGCACCGUCGUCUGCGUGUCGCGAAGUCCCUUUCAUCGUCGACUUGUUCCUCACGGGCCAGGAGACGUACAUGCUCAUCUUCGCCAUCGACUUGCUUCUCGCGCUCAAGAAUCCGUUUACGGCAGCGAAAGGCCAGAUGAAGCGGUACCACAUUGCAGGAUGUGUGUGGAGCUUGAUCUUUGCUGGCAUUUCUCGGUGCGACAACCACUUUGCCUUGUUUGGGUUUUGCUGGAUGGACGUCGCGACCGCCACACUCAAGACCAAGUCCACGGCGCGGUCUCCGCCCGCCGGUCUCUUUUUUGCGCUGUACAUACUCCUCAUUUACACCACGUCGCUGUAUGCGAUUCUUCGCACUUGGAACACGCUCUUAAAGGGGCUCCCAGACACGUUUACGACCCGAGAACGGAUCCACCGACACCUCAAGUACUACGUCGGGUGCUUUGUCUUUUACUGGACGGGCGUGUUAAUCACGUAUGCUGUGUACACAAUUGUUCCGUACGAGUCCCCGCACAAGUGCCUUCUGUGGAAGUGCCUGUCGUGCGUGCUUCUCGCCAAAGGCAUGGUGAACUCGCUCAUUUGGACUCGAACGUCCAACAUCCUCAAGAUCAUCCAACAAUUGCACGAGUUCGGCCACGUCGACCUGCCGCCGCACGACACGAGCAUCAACUGGGCCCUGCGGCUGGAAAUCUUGACCAACACGACCAAAGGCAUUUGCGAAUCGAUCGAGCGCGCUGAAAUCGAGGCGAUUCAUGGCCAGAGCACGGAUCGGCACAUCAAGUACACGCAAAUUGAGGAAAUUCCACUGCGGGGCGUGAGCUGCAGCGGCAACCUUGCCACGCACGACGGUCCGGCAACCGUUCUCUUUUACGACUACGCGCCACACAUUUUUCGGUUCCUUCGAAGCUGCGCGAGCAUUUCGAACGCAAGCUACCGGAAUUCGCUGCAACAAACGACCAAGGAGCGUGUGAGCGAGGGCAAGAGCGGCGCGUUCUUUUACUUUACGCAAGAUCUAAAGUACGUCGUCAAGACGCUCACCCACGAAGAGCUCAAGUUUUUGCUGCAAAUUCUCCCAAAAUACGUCACUUUCAUGUCGGCCAACCCGGACACGUUCGUCACUCGGUUCUUUGGAUGCCACGCAUUGACCAUGUAUGGCAAAACGAUGUUCUUCAUCGUGAUGCAGAGUGUGUUUGACACGCGGCUGCCCAUCCACGAGCGCUUUGAUCUCAAAGGGUCGUGGGUUGGUCGACUGGAAGGCCGCAAGACCCGCGGGACGUCGGCCGUGUGCAAGUACUGCGGCAAGGAGUACAUCAUCGGCGGGUCCCACGACCAGCUCUGCGACGUGCGGAGCAACAACGGGACGUUGCGCCACCAGUACGACAACGUGGGGAAAGACUUGAACUGGAACCAUCACUUGAAGCUGCCCCGCGUCGUGGCUGCUCAAGUUGCCAAACAACUCUACACGGACUCGAUGUUUUUGAACCAAAUCAACUGCAUCGAUUACUCGCUGCUCGUGGGAAUCCACCACCGCACGUUUCACGUGGGAACGCCAUCGAGCCAUACGUCAAAAUGGCCCGGUCAAGUCGCUCCGACUCAGCGAGGCACGGACAACGCCCGGUCGAGUCCGACGUCUCCUGGCGGUGGAGCAGACGACCCCACGGGAUCCAGGACCUUCCACAACCGCACAGCGUUUGGCUCGACGCGAUCCACGGGACCGACCGACGAGGGAGGACGUCCACGAGAGGAGGAUGCCGCCCACCCUCGCGAUGAAAACGACGUGUCAGCAUUUCACCACGGCGGCAUGGGCGUGGAAGAAGUCUACGGGCCGGGGGUGUACUUUAUGGGGCUGAUUGACAUUUUGCAGCAAUGGAACAUGCGCAAGCGGGUCGAGCACUUUGUCCGGGUCUACCUUUUUGGCCAAGACCGGCUCGGGAUCAGCGUCGUCGCGCCCAAGGAGUAUGCGGACCGGUUCCAGAAACGAGUGAUUCGCGACUUGAUCCACGACUUGCAGCCCCCGCUUCGCCAUCACGACCGAUCGGACGACGAAUGCAGCCACGGUGACGACAUGGCGGCCGACGAAUCCAGCGACGUGCACCACCCGCACGCGUUUGAGUCGUCGUUUGCGUCGGACGGCACGUACGACACGGUUCACUUCAACGAGACAUUCUUGAGCGUCGACCCGGUGACCCCUCGAUCGAGUUUGAACUUAUUUCCACAGCUCAAACCGGCCAACGACUCGAUCGACCCCUUCGACCACACACGGCGCAGUGUUCCUCUCGAUAUGGCCAAGCCCCUCGCACCCCCCGUCGGGAUAAUUCAACGAAGUGGAACGGGCGGACACGGAAAGAGCGACCGACACGUUCCGACUAAACACGCAUGCUCGUCCGUCGAGGCGUCCCCCGUCAGCACCGUGGAAGACGCCGCGACAUACAACGCGAUGCAGACCCCGCACCAAAUCGCGGCACUCCUCCGAGACGACGGCCACGUGUAAGAAGUCGUUGUCAAUGCAAUAAUCCAUUUCAGAUGAAUGCGUUGACUCCAUGUCUGGUGUGACAACGACGU